AUGGAUGACAGUUACAGCAAGUACGAAGAGGAAGAACAAUCGGGCGAGGAUCCUAUGGUAGAGGAAGAAGAUGGUUCAGAUCAUGAGACGAUUUCGGACAUUGAUUCGGAUUCAGAUGAAUCCUCAGCCGAGGAGUCUGAUGGAACUGUGAUGGGUAGGACACGCUUUGAGGAAAUCUUUGUGUGCUGGAGGUUCGACGACAAAUCGACCAGGAAGGAAAGAUUUCUCCGUUCGGGUGACAAGUUGGAACCAGUUCGGGAAAUUUAUGAUGAAAUCGUGAAGGCCUGCAUCGAAAAUUAUUCACCAAGUGAGAAUCUCACAGUUGACGAGCGGCUGGCGUUGUUCAAAGGACAUUGUCCUUUCCGUGUGUACAUGCGGGACAAGCCAGGAAAGUUUGGCAUCAAAGUGUGGUGCUGUGCUUGCUGCGAGACACACUACAUCGUAAAUUUUCAGAUAUACACUGGAAAAACUGGAAACGCGCCUGAAAAAAAUCAGGGCAAACGUGUUGUCACCGAUCUAGUUGGGCCGUUCACCGGAAGUUGGCGGGAGGUAACCAGUGAUAACUUUUUCACCAGCAGUUCUUUGGCCGAGGAUUUGUGGAACAAAGAGACCGUGUUCACCGGAACCGUUCGCGCCAACAAGGCUUUUAUACCGCCCAACUUCUUGGUGAAAAAGGACAGAGAGGCAAGCUUCAUGAGAGGCUACAAUAACCAGAGCGUCUUAGUGUCCAACCUGGAGAGUACCAAGAAGAAGCCUGUGGUCAUAUUGACGACAAACACGAACGUUGAAGGGGAACCAGAGUCGAGUGGUGUAAAACCUCCAGUGGUACUGCACUACAACCACACAAAAGGUGCUGUGGACACUGGAGAUUACAUCACUCGACACCAUUCACUAGCCCGGAAAACCCGCUGCUGGACCAAGAAAAUCAUAAUGGAAAUGAUAAGUAUUUGCACUUUGAACAGCAGCGUACUGUUCUCAGUCAAAUACUCUUGGUUCAGCAAGCGCAGCGCCAGCUGGAGGGGAGAGUACCUCGAGUUGCUGGCUAACGAGCUAGUGAAAGAUCACAUCAACGAUCGACUGCAGGACUCCGCUCGGUUGCCAAAGACCCUCAAGAGUGGCAUGGAAAGGUUCCUGAAGCAAGCGUUCGAGCCGUACCUCGAGGACGAGGAAAAGCUCUGCCAUGUGUGCCAAAAAGAGCUCAACUAA